AUGUCGUGUAUAUCCACCAAUAAUGAACAACUAUCACUUUUAAUGCACAUGACGAAGGAAGAACCAUCAAUGCCGAUACGCCUCCAGCCAUUGGUCAUACUAAACAUAACGCAACACGCAACAAGAGUGUGGCAACACUCAGCGACAAGCACAACAGCAACUGCACUCGGCGUUCUCCUUGGCCGCCCGACGGUCGACGGCGGAACAGAAAUUAUGUCGUCUUUUGAGGUCGUCGGCUACGAGACGGGUAACACCGCGGCGCGGAGUGUGGACUGGCGGGCGGUCAGAAGCAAGAAGGAACGCCUCGCGGAAGUAUUUGCUGAGCUCGUCGUUGUUGGCUGGUACGGUGUAGGAAGAACGAGAGAGGACGCGGUGCAAUGCAGCAGCAUCAUGCACGUUCCUCUUUUGGACGUCUUUGGUGACGUGCCGAACGGUGUGAUGCUGGCGCUGAUGGUGGACCGCGCCCCGCCGGCGUCACUCGCCACCCUCCCGGUGCAUCUAUUCGAGGCAACCACCUCGCGCGACGGCGUCCGACACACGGCUGGGGAGGAACAACGGGGGCAGGAGGCCAUUCAACGGCACCGCAGUCAUAAUUAUAACUCCGAAAUAUCGCCCUGCACCGCCGCCCACGGCAGCCGGAUUCUUUGCCACAACGAAGGCGCACCGCGUACGACGGUGUGCCUAAGAAAUGUGCGGUUUCUCACGGGGUCUGACGACAUGGCGCAAAUAGGAAUUGGCGCAGCCAUGAGCACCAUCGGCCCAGGCAACCGGAGCGGUGGCCACGAGGGUGGGACUGUGUCGUCACACCCUCAGCGCGUGAAGCGGUCCCUGCUUCUGCUGAAGCGGCGCGUUGUGCUGGUAUUGGAGCAUCUGAGGGCCAUUGAGUCCGGGUGUGUUGCGUGUCCGGCCCCCGAUGUCCUGCGCCACGUAGCGAAGGCGUGUGCGAUGCUACCUGUCAGCACCCACGACGCCUCCCUGUGCCCAGUCGCCGCUGUCAUCAUCCCCACCACCGCGGCCGACGAAGAGGUGUGUGGAGCGUUGGCCAUCACACUUCUCUCGCUUGAGACAAAAUGCGCACUGGCCUUGUGCGAGCUCGUCAGAGCUCAGGAGGAAGGUCCCGCGGUGGGAAGGCUCCCCGGCUGCGCGGGGCCGACAGAAAUUGGCGUGAGUGGCCGACGGCAAUGCUGA